ACCUGGUUAUAUAAAAGUUUAUUAAAACACUUUAAAACCAAUUAAAAGGCGGAAAAACAGCACUUCAUUCUUGGCUUCCCCCCGGCAAGAAAAACAUAUAUGGGCUCUCUCUCUCUCUCUCUCCUCUUGCUUCUGUUCUAAACUUAACAUAGAUUCUGAUUCCUGUUGAUAAGGUACAAAGAUUUCACAAUCAAAUCCCACACACAUUCAUUCUUAACUAAAAGAAAAAACAAUUAUAUCUAUCUCUCUAGUACACAUAACAAAUCACUGUCAGAGGUCCAAGAUUUGAGAAUGAGGAACCAGGUUUGUACAUGGGUUUUGAUAUUCUUGAUUGGAUUCGGUGUUUUGGGAAGUGGGUAUGAGUUUGCUGAGACAGAUUUCCAUUACAAUACAAGCGAAGUUAUUUCAUUCAUGGAAGCUUCUUCUUCUGCUGUUGUUGCCCCUAAUCCUCUUAUUGUUGGUCUCACUCUUAUUCCAGGAGCUGCUGCUAAAGGAGCUGUAUGUUUGGAUGGAACAUUACCCGGGUAUCAUUUGCACCGAGGAUUCGAAUCGGGCGCAAACAGUUGGCUCAUUCAAUUGGAGGGUGGAGGAUGGUGUAACACUGUUAGAUCUUGUGUUUACCGGAAAACAACCAGGCGUGGAUCAUCAAAAUUUUUUGAGAAACAGUUGGCGUUUACCGGAAUUUUGAGCAAUAAAGCUGAAGAUAAUCCAGAUUUUUUCAACUGGAAUCGAGUAAAGGUUCGCUAUUGUGAUGGUGCAUCAUUUGCCGGGGAUGCAGAAGAUAAGGCUAAUGACCUCCAAUUUAGAGGCCACAAAAUAUUCUUGGCAGCAAUGGAAGACUUGAUGUCAAAGGGAUUGCGAAAUGCUGAUCAAGCACUUCUUUCUGGGUGCUCGGCAGGCGGUUUGGCAUCUAUUUUACACUGUGACGAGUUUAGUUCUUUAUUCCCCGGAAGCACUAAAGUCAAGUGUUUGGCUGAUGCUGGAAUGUUUAUGGACGCGAUUGAUGUUGCUGGUGCACGUACACUAAGGAACAUGUAUGAAGGUGUUGUAACCUUGCAGGGGGUUGCUAAAAACUUAUCGCCGGCAUGUAUCAGCCAACUCGACCCAACCUCGUGCUUUUUUCCUCAGAACAUAGUUCCCCACAUUAAGACUCCUAUGUUCAUCCUCAAUGCUGCAUACGAUUCUUGGCAGGUUGUUUCCAGUUUAUGCACUCCACCCGCGGAUCCUACUGGUGCUUGGAAGGCAUGCAAGCACAACACUGACAGUUGUUCACCAUCUCAGAUGAACUUCUUUCAAGAUUUCAGAAACCAGAUGCUGAAUGCACUUAAAGGAUUCUCUACGUCCAAACAAAACGGGCUGUUUAUAAAUUCUUGUUUCGCGCAUUGCCAAACAGAGAGGCAGGAUACAUGGUUUGCAGAUGAUUCUCCGAUUAUUAACAACAAGCCGGUAGCGUUGGCGGUGGGAGACUGGUAUUUCGAUAGAUCAAGCGUGAAAGAAACAGACUGCCCGUAUCCAUGUGACAAGAGUUGUCACAAUCUGCAAUUUAGAUCAUAAAUUUAUGUAACAUCUUCGUAUAUUUUAUUUGAAUGAAAUUAAUAAACUGCAUUUCCCAUUGUUUGGUCAAGAACAAGUUGGGAUAUUAUUAUUAUUAACAAAAUUAUUGUGAUUCUGGCACUCUUUUCUUUGAUGUAAUAGUAUUGCAAAAGUAUGUUCUUUGAGUGGCUA